AGACCGCUCAAAACAUCGCGAUAAUUGGGAGAGGGGAGUGAGGGGACAAAAAUGGCGGCCUAGGCUGAAGUGCAGGUUGAAGAGUUUACGAACUGGAUGGUGGCGCUGCUGAUCAGCGGCCCUCUGGCUUUAUAUGCGUCCGUGAUUAUAUUUCAGUGGUUGUUUGGCGUUGCUUUUUCAAUCUUCCCGCCCCUCCCCUCAACAUCGCUCAGCGCUCGCUGCCUUCCCCGGGCUCUCUCUGGUGCCGCCCUCUCCCCACCCUUCAGGCCGCUGUCUUAUUCCUAUGUUACCGCAGCCUCCGAGCCCCGUAUCUGAUUGCUCUACAUGUCGUUGUGUGGCGGUCGCGGUGCAACAACAGCAGCUAGAAGUGCUAUCGUCAACCUCCGAGUGUGUGCGAGGUCCACGGCAGCAGUACUGCCACUCUGCCCUCUCCCAUCUCUCUCGUCGUCAUGACAGGAGAGAAGGCGGAAAGGAUUGCUAACGGCCGCUCGGUGCGUAGGGAUCACAGGCUGUUCAAAGAAGAGGCUGAAGCUGAGCACGACGACGAAGCGACUAGGACUAAAAACCGGGCUAAACUCUUUGCGAACCACAAACUGAUCAAGAGCCCGGCUUCCACCACGGAGGCGGCGGCAGCAGCAGCCAGAGGCGUUGAUUUUCCAGUCCAUGAAUGCGUCUUUAAAGGCGAUAUUCGUAAAUUAUCGUCAUCGAUAAGGACCCACAACAUAGCUCAAAAAGAUCUCCACGGAAACACGCCAUUACACCUUGCUGUGAUGUUAGGGCACAAAGAGUGCGCCCAUUUACUUCUAGCUCACAAUGCGCUGGUAAAGGUGAAAAAUGCUCAGGGAUGGAGUCCGCUGGCAGAAGCCAUCAGCUAUGGAGACCGACAAAUGAUUACAGCUCUGUUGCGUAAACUUAAGCAACAGUCGAGAGAAAAUGUACAGGAAAAACGACCUCAAUUACUGAACGCUCUGAAAGAGCUGGGAGAUUUUUAUUUAGAGCUUCACUGGGAUUUUCAAAGUUGGGUGCCUUUACUUUCCAGAAUUCUGCCUUCAGAUGCUUGUAAGAUUUACAAACAGGGAAUAAACAUCAGGCUUGACACAACCCUAAUAGACUUUACUGAUAUGAAAUGUCAACGUGGAGAUUUAAGCUUCAUUUUCAAUGGUGAUUCAACACCCUCUGAAUCUUUCAUAGUAUUAGACAAUGAGCAAAAGGUUUAUCAGCGAAUACACCAUGAGGAAUCUGAGAUGGAAACAGAAGAAGAGGUAGAUAUUUUGAUGAGCAGUGAUAUUUAUUCGGCAACAUUAUCUACGAAAUCUAUUUCCUUUGCACGUGCGCAGACUGGCUGGCUUUUCCGAGAAGACAAAACGGAGCGAGUUGGGAAUUUCUUGGCAGAUUUUUACACUGUAAAUGGCCUUGUUUUGGAAUCUCGAAAACGACGUGAGCACCUCAGUGAAGAGGAUAUUCUAAGAAAUAAAGCUAUAAUGGAAAGUCUGAGCAAAGGAGGAAAUUUAAUGGAGCAAAAUUUUGAGCCUGUUCGAAGACAAUCGCUCAGUGCUCCCCCCGCCAAUACAAUCACUUGGGAAGAGUACAUCUCGGCAGAAUCUGGAAAGGCUCCACAUCUUGGAAGAGAACUAGUCUGCAAAGAGAGCAAAAAGACAUUCAAAGCCACAAUAGCCAUGAGCCAAGAGUUUCCCCUUGGCAUAGACUCAUUACUGAAUGUUUUAGAGGUCAUAGCACCCUUCAAGCACUUUAAUAAACUCAGAGAAUUUGUUCAGAUGAAACUUCCACCAGGAUUUCCUGUUAAACUAGACAUACCUGUGUUUCCAACCAUCACUGCCACUGUGACAUUUCAGGAAUUCCGAUAUGACGGGUUUGAUGAAUCAAUCUUCAAUAUUCCAAGAGACUAUAGUGAAGAUCCCAGCCGCUUCCCUGAACUUUGAUUUGGCUGCCUGGUUAUGGUCGGAUGAUGAGAAGUGUUAGGUGCUGUGUGCUUAUUUUUCCCCCUUCACAAGUUUAACAUCUUUCUUCUUUGGUGAUAUAAUGAUAUCACUUGGAGAAACUUUGGAACAUUCCUAAAUGGGAGAGUGUAAUGUCUUACAGAAAUAGACUAUACGGCUUUUUCGUUGAUUUGGAAAAAUCCUUUUAUUAAAUUCCUGACCUUAAAUUCAAAAUGAUCUAUUUGUAAAAUAACUUCACUUUCAUAAAUGUGUACAUGCAUAUAUCUAUCAUUUGGUUGCUAGAAAUGUCAACGGUUAUCACUUUGAUGUAAUCCACCGUCAAAAAUUGGCUAAAUGAAAAGAGAAAACUAUUAUGGAAUUAUGGAAUACAUCCCAGUAACUUCCAAAAUAUCACACUGCUGCGUCAUUUGUUUCCAGAAUAGGUUUGCUGUUACAAUUUUGAUAUUUAUUUGUACACUAGAUUUUGUGUACCCUUUUAUGAUCUUAAACACUAUUGUAACUACAUUAAUUUAAUUUUAUAAGUAUCAGCAAAUUGAAAAGCUAGAUUUUGAAAGAAUAACCCACAAUAUUAGAGGGAACAUUAUUUACACCGUAUGACUGUCCAAAGAAGGAAAUGGUUCGUGUUCUCCAAUUCCAAGUUGAACUUUAUUUUAAUUAGGUAAUUCCAUAAGCAAAACGGUUUCAAUGCAACUGAAUAAUGACUGUAUAAAAACCAUUGUGUAUCAGUAAGAUUUCAAAGUGGUGGUACUUGCUUAAGCUGAUAUUAUGAAAUUCACAGUAAGAUUUUGAGGUCUGUUCAGGUGUAAAGUAGUACAGCAUUGUUUGGCUAUGCCUGACAAUAUCCCAAGUGAAAAGACAAGUGGCCAGUCAAUUUCUGUUAAAUACAGUUGAUGAUUCCUAACACAUCCACAUGGGGAAAACCGUGUGUCAAACACACAGGUAGGCUUCAGCUGAUGAGAAAUUGUGUCAUGUUCGAUACACAAUCUACACAAUUUUGAAGUUUUUUUGUAUAAAAUGUUUUUAAAAACUAAUAGAAUAAAUCCACAAUGUUUUGCAGUUGCUGUUCAUUCAAACAGUUGCUUUGUGGUGAACAGAAUUAUUCAUUUAAUUAAUGCACUGUAUAUAACUACCAAGUAAAUACUACUUUU